UGCAACCUGUCUAUUUCUUUACCCUGGGGAUUUUUGUUCUGGUCAUGGUCGCCAACGUUAUCCCCAUUGUGAUCUUGUGCCGUUCCCAAAGCCUCCGCAGAGACGCCUUUUUCCGCGGCCUUGUCUGUCUGUGUGUCAACGCUUUGGCGGUGGCGCCGUUUACUUUCUUGUUGACGUUCUACCCGCAAACCUUUUCGUACAAUAUGUGCAUAUUUCUGAGAUCUCUUAACAAUGUAUUUGUGCUUCAAGCCUAUUUCCAUCAUCUGCUGAUUUCCUUUGAACGUUUUUGUGCCUGUAGAAUGACAAAAUAUUAUCUUUAUUUCACAGGUUGGCACCAAGUGAUUUAUAUUUUCCUGACUUAUGGGAUAACAGUCGGUUGUGUUAUUGUUAUUCACAGGUCCAGUAAUGCUAAGAGUCCUAUUAACUCAUAUUUGAUCUACAAUCGGGCGCCCUCGGUGCAAAUCGUCUACUCUUCAUUUACCAUCGCUCUUAUUCUAGGAGUUCUGCUUUUUACUGUUUUAUCCACCUAUCAACUUCUCUGUAGUUUAAGAAAAUCUCGGAAAGUUGGCAGUAAAGAGACGAAAAUUCAAGGCAUCAAAAAUAGGGAUAAAUCGGUGAUAUUUUGUGUCACAAAACAGCAAACUAAGCAGGCCUCGAAUGCUGACAAAGCAAGCGAAUCUGACAAAAUUCUGGUAAAUAUGGCAGACGAGAGAAACGAUGCACUGUGUCGAAUGUCGACUACCUAUACUGUGGAUCCAUCCAGUUCCCAGUGCACCGACAUUGGUACCCAAAGAUCCCGCCAAAAAGGAGCAACAAGAUACGGAGAGCGGCGAGGGGAGUCCGUCAAAACCUUGCUAAUCGUGGUCCUCACCCUGGUGGUCUGUAAUAUCCCUUAUCACGUGGUUCAAACGGUGUCCUUCUUCACUGACCAGAAUGUCGCGGAGGAAGCCCUUUGUGUGACUUAUUAUAUGAGCAAGUGUCAAUACAUUUUGAAUCCGGUAAUAUAUAUGUGGAGAAUUCGACCGAUCAGAGAUUUUAUAAGGGACAGAAUGAAGUGCAAGACAUUGUAAAUUCUUAAAGGAAGCAUGAAGCUGAUAUUUACAGUUUGCAGCCACGGGCACCUGACAGUUUGUUUGCAGCGUCGAUGUGCUAUUCAGUUUCUCAGGAUGGUCAAUUGUUUAUAUCAAGUUAAAUUUAAACAGAUAAUUCAAAUUGUCAAACAUAAUAAUUUAAUGGGUUUUUUUUUUUAUACUUACAACCACUAAGUAUGAUUCCUUCUAUUUCUUGCGAAAAUUGAUUGUAAUUCAUAGCUCUUUAGAAACCGACAGAAUUGAAAUCUACACGAUCUACUCGAUCUAGUUCUAACCAGUUAAUCGAUCGGUCGAAACCUUCAGCAACCUUCGAAAAAUCACGACCUGCACAAAAU